UCCACGUCCCCUCAGAUCUGUGAGUUCCUGACGGUGAUGGCCGUGUGCCACACGGUGGUCCCAGAGAGGGAGGAAAACGGGAUCAUUUACCAGGCGUCUUCUCCAGAUGAAGGAGCGCUGGUCAAAGGAGCCAAAGGACUGGGCUUCGUCUUCACAGCAAGAACCCCGCGUGCAGUCAUCAUCGAGGCUAGAGGAAAGGAGAUGAGCUAUGAGCUGCUGAACGUGCUCGAGUUCUCCAGUAACCGCAAACGCAUGUCUGUGGUGGUCCGGACCCCCACCGGGAGGCUGAGGCUGUACUGCAAAGGAGCUGAUAAUGUCAUUUUUGAGCGUCUGACUGAAGCAUCCCAGUACAAAGAGUUAACUAUGGCUCAUCUGGAAGAGUUUGCUACUGAAGGUCUGAGGACUCUGUGCUUCGCCUAUGUGGACCUGGAGGAAGAGGCUUACCAGGAGUGGCUGAAAGAAUACACUAUCAUCAGCACGGUGCUGAAAGACCGAGCUCAGAAACUAGAGGAGUGUUACGAACUACUGGAAAAGGUAAACACGACGUCGAGAGACCGGAAUAUUCUCAAACACACACUUCAU